CUUUUAUAUAUAUAUAGUUUUUAAAAACGUUAACAUGAACCGCCCUGAGUUGGAUUACUAUGCCGUGCUGGACAUGCCACGCAAUGCCAGCAAGGAGCAGAUCACCUUGGCUUAUCGGCGUAUGGCAGUGCGUCUGUGUCCGCAUCGUGACAAGAAAUAUGAACAAGAUUUUGUGCCGCUGUCCCAGGAGGGUAAACUAACGCAUUUAUCACCCAUGGGCGAAAAUAAACAGUGGGCCUAUAUUAACAUGGCAUUCGAUGUGCUGGGCAAUGAUCUUUAUCGCGCCAUUUAUGAUCGCUAUGGAGAGGCUGGACUCUUUGAGGGUGUCAUGCUACCGAAUGGAUACUUUCCGCCGUAUCAGUAUCACGGCGACCAUAUGAAGGUGUACGAGCAGGUCUUUGCUAGCUACUCACCAUACGCUAAUGUUAUAGAUGCCGUUACAAAUCCGCCAAGCUUGUAUGCUACUAGGGGCCACGGCAUUGGAGUUCGCCAGAAGGAUGCAGAUACAGAGCGCACAAUUUUCUUGUCGCUGGAAGAGGUUCGCACAGGUUGUGUAAAGCUGAUGCAUGUGUGGCGUCAGGAAAUUGUCGACGAGAAAGAGUCGCGUUUGGAGAAGCGCAAGCACACACUUAAACUGAAUAUACGGCCCGGCACAACAGCAGGCACGCGCUUUCGCUUUAAAGAAGAAGGUGACCGCUAUCCCACUACUAUACCCGGUGAUAUCAUAUUCAUUGUAGCCGACAAGCCGCAUUCGGAGUUCGAGCGACGCAAUAUGAAUGACUUAGUCUAUCGCUAUGACAUUACAAUCUCACAGGCGCUCACUGGUUUUGUGUUCUACAUAAAUACGCUGGACAAGCGUCAGCUAAAGAUUGUUAUAACUGAUGUUGUGUAUCCGGGGUACACUAAAAUUGUUCCAUUGGAGGGAUUGCCUAAGUGUCGCAACAUGGAUGCCGUUACCGCAAUCAAGAAUGCUAAUAAGAGGAAUGACGAGUUUGGCGAUCUUAUCAUUGAGUUCAAUUAUAUUUUCCCAAAAUACUUAACGCCUGCUAUGAAGUCCAUGACACGGGAUUUUUUCAAUGAGUUUCGGAAGCUGGAGCUAGAGCUGGAGGAAGAGGAGAAAAAACAUAUGCAGUAGUUUGUUAUAGGUUUUUUAGUUUAUUCUGCAAAAUACAAAUUUGAUGUGUUUAAGUAACUGAAAUUGUUUAGAUACCGUCGAUAAAAUAGUCACUCGAUACAAAUGUAUCCGAUAAGUCAUGGUUGAAAAGAGAUAGCACCACACAAGCAAAGACUGUAAACUAAAAAGAAAAUACAAUUAAAAAUUAUUAAAACAGAAUAGAAAAACAAGUAAAUUGUUAGUGCGUAAAAACUACAGAGCAAUAUACACUGCCAGCGAUCAACAUUUACAAAAUCUUGCUCUUUGGAGAAAAAUCUACAUAAUCUAAUUACGAGCACCUGACAACUGUGCAGCAAGCAACGCCCCACCUCCGCCCCUAAAACAAAAAGAGUAAGCGGAAAUUGAAAACGAUACGGUAGAGCGCAAGUGGAGGCCGCACCCACAAACAC